GUCAGCUGAUGUCUCCAUGAUGAGGAAGCGACGCAGCAGUCAUGUAAAAAAUAUCCCACUCUAGUCCGCCUUUAUCUGAAUUAAUAGGAUCAGAGCUUGAGUUUCCAAACAUGUUCGGCGGGGACGAUGAAGACGGAGACUUUCUAUCUCCUACAGGAGGGGCCAAACUGGCGUCCCUGUUCGGGUUGGACCAAGAGGCCAGCGGGGGGAACGAGUCCUUCCAGUACACGGCCCCCAAACAGCCCCGCAAGACGUCCAACCCAGCUCCGGCCAAUCAGAAAGCAGCUCCUCCCCCGGGAGCCCCGGCAGUGUUACUCGCCACGGCGGUUCAGGCCUUCAGAUACAUUAACGGACAAUACGUGAAGCAGGGGAAGCUGGGAGCAGCCGUGCUGGGCAGCCACGCCGCCAGAGAGUACAAACUGCUCCUUUACAUGAGCCAGCAGAAGCAAGUGACGGCGGCCAAGAUCCACACGGGCUUCGUCUUCACGGUGCAGCUAAACAAUUACUGCACGUUCUACGACGACCAGAGGCAGAACUGGUCCCUGAUGUUUGAGUCGGACAAAUCCGCGUACGAGUUCUGCAAAGAGGUGUGUUUGGCCAAAGCGAACAGCGCCCCCUGUCUGGACGCCGUGGUGGUCCAGGACCUGAGUCUGGGCGAGGGUCCGGCCGUGGAGCACGGAGACUCUCUGGAGGUGGUCUACACCGGCUGGCUCCUGCAGAACCAGGCCUUCGGACAGAUGUUUGACACCAACCAGAACAAAGACAAACUGCUGCGGCUGAAAAUCGGAGCCGGGAAAGUCAUCAAAGGCUGGGAGGAAGGCAUGCUGGGGAUGAAGAAGGCAGGCCGCCGUCUCCUCGUCAUCCCGCCCGGCCUGGCGUACGGCGCUAAAGGAGUCCCCAGCCGUGUCCCGUCCAACAGCACUCUGAUCUUUGAGGCCGAGAUCCGACGGGUGAAGUUUUCCAGGGACAGCGGCUCCGAUCGAGCCAGCGCCAGCUCCAGAGACUCUGCCGCCCCCUCUCCGGCUCCCUCUCCGGCGCCCAGCGUGGAAAGCCUGACCCCCGAGGCCCCGGCUCCGGCUGCCGCCGCCGCCGCCGCCACCACCGCCACCGCUGCCGCCACCGGCCCCGGCAGACCGGGCGACCCGCCUCUUCGUUCAAAGUCAAACUCUCUGAACGAGCAGCUCAGUAAUCCAGACACCACUAAAGCCAAGCUCAUCUCUCGCAUGGCAAAGAUGGGUCAGCCCAUGCUGCCCUUCCUGACGGGGGUGUCCGGACAGCCUGAAUCCAGCGACUCUGAGCUGGAGGACUCCAGCAGCCGCCGAGUGAAGGACCGUCCUGCGGCUUCGUCUCCGGUGCAGAUCGCUGCUGCCGCUGCUCCAGCUGCUGCACACGCUCACCCUCACCCUCACCCCACACCAGUCUCUGCCUUAAUGCCCCUGGUGUCGUCUGUCGCCCCGGGCAGCAGCCACCACGCCUUCCAGCCUUACUCGUACACACACACACAGUCUGCGGCUCCAUCUCAGCUGCAGCCGGUCGGCCAGGUCUACCCCUCACAGACUGCCCCCUACAUGGCGGCGGGCUCCGGGGAGGUGACCUCCUUCCUGAUGACCGAGGCCCGACAGCACAACACGGAGAUCCGGCUCGCCGUGGGGAAAGUAGCGGAUAAAGUGGAUCAGCUGGUGUCGAAGGUGGACGACCUUCAGAGGCAGGGCAGUCUCUCCAUGGGCGUGUCCAACAUGUCCAUGGAGACCUCCAUGAUCAUGCACAACAUCCAAAGAAUUAUCCAGGAGAAUGAAUGUUUGAAAAAGGAGGUCUUCGAGAAAAGUUCUCGCAUCGAGGAACAGAACCGAAAGAUCGGAGAUCUCAUCAACGAGAACCAGAGGUACAUGGAGCAGAGCCACCAGCUGCUGGAGCAGAGGACCGACUCCCUGAAGUCCUCCAGCGAGCACAGCCAGGCCCGGCUGCUGCAGGCCGAGCAGGACAAGGUCCGUCUCAGCGAGGACCUGGCCUCGGCCGCCGCUCGCCUCUCCCAGGUGCAGCUGGAGGCGUCGGCCCACCAGCAGAAGGCCGCCGAGCUGCAGAGCAAACUGAGCUCGGCGCUGCAGGACGGCGAGAGCCACGGCCGGCACGUCGCCGCCCUGGAGGCGCAGCUGGAAGAGCUGAAGGAGGCGACAGAGAGGACUCAGACUCAGCACCGCUCGGAGAGGCAGAAACGCAAAGAGCUGGAGCUGAGAGCGAGCGGCCUGGAGGAGGAGCUGCAGGACCUGAGGGCCGAUAAAGAGAGUCUGGAGCGAACUCUGUCAGAGAGGAAGAGCAAGUGGCAGGCGGAGCGUCGGCGCCGGGACGAGGAGGUGGAGGAGCUGCGCCGGAGCAGCCAGCAGGAGCUGGACGCCGUGCGCGCUCAGCUGCGCCGGGCGCGGACCAGCAGCGACCAGGCGGCGUCCGAGCAGCUGGGCCAGCUGCAGGCCGAGCUGGAGGAGGAGUGGAGGGCGAGGAGCCAGCAGGCGGCGGCGGCGGCCGAACAGCGACACCGCAGAGAGACGGCGGAGCUGAGCGAGCAGCGGGACGCUCUGCAGGAGCAGCUCAGGCAGCUGCAGGAGAAGUUCACAGCUCUGAAACAGAGUCGAGAUUCAGACGAGCUGAGAGGGAAUCAGAGCGAAGAGCUGCGAGUCCUCCAGGAGAAAUACUCCACCCUGGAGCAGCAGGCGGCGGCUGAGAGGGAGGAGCUGGAGAGACGGGUGUCGGAGCUGCAGAGGAGGGGGGAGGACACGGGGACGAGCUCUGGAGACACGGCAGCAGAGGUGAAGCGUGUGAUGAACGGAGUGUUUCACUCUCUGCGGGGGGAGUUUGAGCUCGGGGAGACGUACAGUGGACAGGCCGUGCUCGCAGUGAUUGUCGGUACCAUCAAGAAUGUAACUCUGCAGCUUCUCAGCGGCGCCGACAGACCUGCUGUUCCACCCAGAGAGGAGGAGGAGGAGGAGGAGGAGGAAUCAAGUGAGCAAGUGAAAGAAAAGGAGGAGAAACCUCAUCUGAAUGGAGAGAGAGAAACGGAAGCAGAGGAAGACGUACGUAGGAAUGAAUCUCAGCAAGUCAGGGAGGAUCAGGAGGGAGAGGAGGAGGAAGCACCGCAGAGGAAGAAAGAGGAGGAGGAGGAAGCACCACCGAGGAAGAAAGAGGAGGAUCAGGAGGAGGAGGAGCAGACAGAAGCUGAGCUGAAGACGCCACACCUGACGGAGGCUCCACAGCCUGUGGGUCCUGGUCCUGAUCCUGAUCCUGAUCCAGCAGCUGAACUCCAGCCUCCGGAGACCGAAGCAGAACCAGCAGAGAUCCAGCAGGAGGUCCAACACUCGGCUCCUGCACAGGAAGGGGACGCUAGCAAGUCGGCGCAGGACGCACAUGAAGGUUACCGGCCUGAGGAUGGACGGGAGACGGAGUCGGAGAGGAGGGAGGAGAGGAGGGAGGAGAGGAGGGGCGGAGCAUGCAGAAGAAACUCCUGAAGCUCCUCAGAAAGCCUUCGGGCCUCCAGCCAACCCUCCUCCUCCUCCCAGCACCGCCCAGAGGAGCGCAGACCAGCACAGCAGUCCGACAGAGGAAAACGGAGAGGAGACGUUUUUCCAGAACGCCAGCCCGGCCAAGCCCCCCUCAGCCCCCGCCGAGGAGGAAGAGGAGGACGAGAUGAGCCUGAAGGGUCGUCCUCCUCCCACUCCGCUGUUCGGCGAUGAUGAAGACGAAGACGAUCUGGACUGGUUGAACUGACCCGCGCCCUGGAUGGGUGUUUUUUUUUUUUUUUUUUUUUUUUAAACGAGGCGCUUCGCGGGUUGAUCCGUCCCAUUGGAGCGGCAAAGCGCACGGGGCCUCGGAGCCGGGAAUCGAACCGUGUCGCCAGGCCGGCCUCCCAGUAGAAGCGUCGGGGAAAAUGACCUGUAAUUCACAGACCGGUCGAAUCCUGUGGAGGGGUGACGAGUUGAAUUCCUGCUGGCUGUGUGUAGCAGGUGACAGUCUGCUGGAGUUCGCCCCGCCUGCCGGGUCGAACCGGAACCCAGCCACGUUUUUAACGAGUAGCUUGCAGCUUUAAGACUUUUUCCACUGUUUUGCUAACCCGAAAUUUACUGCAGAAAAUAAAGGAAAUCGAAAAUGUGGCUUUCACUUUCUUGAAUGGUGGUUUAUCUGAGUAGGACACCAGGUGACAUGGAAACUAACCUGUUCGAAACACCGGCCCUGUCUCUGCUGUAAUAGAGUGGAGGGUUUGUCUGGAGUUAUCCUACAUGUAGAAAUGAACAGACUCCAGUUUAUAUGGCCAGUAACGAGGUAAUGGACAUGAGUGAAUCACACUUUGGGGUUUACAGAAGACUUGAAACGUACUGAUGAAGGUACAGUGUUUUAAUGGAUGUCUAUUUAAAUGUCAUGGCAGAAGCUCAAAGAAAAAACAUUAAAAAAAAAAAACAACCGAUUUUUCAUUGUAGCAGUCAGUGUUUAAUAACAAAUGCUUCAUUCAAGUCAAAUCCUUCACACGACCGCAGGGUCGAACUGACCGAUUAUUUCAAACUUUUUUUUUUUUAUGGCAGGUCAAACGGAAACCAUUAAAAUACAACCAAGGAUCUUUAUUUUUUCUUCUUCUUACUGAAAUGUUAACUACACAAUUAAAGGUUUAUACUGAUCAAAACAUACAGAGUGAAGUAGUUCCACUGGAGACAACUCAAACAAGAUUAGUGUCUGAUAGAAACGUAACAUUCAUCUUACAAUAAAAAUAUCUGCACAAAAACAUCCAAAGAGAAAAAAA